AUGGUUGGUGGAGUACUUAGUUCCGUAAUUAUAAAUCAAAUGAACCUCUACGGUAGAAUAUCAGUAUGUGGAUCAAUUUCUAGUUACAACGAUACUGAAACAACACUUGCCCCUAUGCUCCAACGAGGAUUUCCAGGUAAACAGCUCAAAAUGGAAGGAUUUAUCGUUAGAAGAUGGGAUGACAGAUGGAUGGAAGGUAUUAAUCAAAACCUGGAAUGGAUCAAACAGGGUAAGAUCAAAUACCAUGAGACCAUCACCGAAGGAUUCGAAAAUAUGUUCAAAGCUUUUACUGGAAUGUUGAAAGGAGAAAAUACGGGAAAGGCAAUUGUAAAAGUUUAAUUAAUUAAAUUAAUUUUCUUGAUUUAAA